AUGCAAAAGUCCGAUGGAUCAUCGUCUAAGAAGUCUGAAGUUAUUGCAUUCCCUUCUUUAGCCAUGUGGAAGAUCCAUUUUGAAAGCUUCCAAACAAGCUGCCAAAGCUGGUUAAACAAUAGCUUUAUUGAGCCAUGCCUAUUGUCACGCAAGUUGGAGUUGGAAUGUAGGCAAAUGCAACAUGUAUACUGCAAGGGGAAGAAGUUGAGAAAAGUGUGGAGUGUACAGAAUUGCAAUUAUGAGGGUUACCAGUUUGGCAGUUUGUUUGGAAGCUUCAAGAUGGAUCUUCUUCCAUAUGGCUGA